AUGGACCUCUUUGGGGAUCUGCGGCGCAUGAACAAGCGACAGCUGUAUUAUCAAGUCUUGAAUUUUGCCAUGAUUGUGUCUUCUGCCCUUAUGAUAUGGAAAGGGUUGAUCGUCAUUACUGGCAGUGAAAGCCCUAUUGUGGUGGUGCUCAGUGGCAGCAUGGAACCAGCUUUUCAUAGAGGAGACCUGCUGUUCUUAACAAAUUUCCAUGACGACCCGAUCAGAGCUGGUGAAAUAGUUGUUUUUAAAGUUGAAGGCAGAGACAUUCCAAUAGUUCACAGAGUAAUCAAAAUCCAUGAAAAGGAAAAUGGGAACAUCAAAUUUCUGACUAAAGGUGAUAAUAACGAAGUCGAUGAUAGAGGCUUGUACAAAGAAGGUCAAAACUGGUUAGAGAAGAAAGAUGUUGUUGGAAGAGCAAGAGGGUUUUUGCCUUAUGUUGGCAUGGUAACUAUAAUAAUGAAUGACUACCCCAAAUUUAAGUAUGCUCUGCUGGCAGUCAUGGGAGCCUACGUACUGCUGAAGCGGGAGUCCUAAGGCCAGCCCCUUUGCCAGCAGCAAGGGACAGAAAGUUAAAGAAACCUAACGUAUUUCAGAUGUUUCAUUGCUGAGCACAGCUACAAGACUGUGCAAGCUUUCCAACUGUCUAAAUUGUACAAGUAACAAAUAAAG